UUAGACCAAGGAGCAGUCAACAUGGAUAUCCCUCACGCAGCAUCCUCACCCGACAUUUCUUACAUAUCAACGGCGUCGGCUCCAUCCUUACGCGCCAGAGAUUCGACAGUUAGCAUGGCUUCUUCACGACCUUCUUAUCUGCCAGGCGAAGAAGGAGGUAAUGUCAAGGUUGUUGUCAGAGUGCGCAAGUUCUUGCCUCGAGAACUUGAACGACAGGCGCCAUGUCUGAUCGAGAUGGACCCCAACACACAGAAGACGACAAUUCAUCCUCCUCCUGCAAACACUCUUGAUUCAAACUCGCGCAAAGUCUAUGAGGAGAAGAGCUUCGUCUUCGACAAAUCCUUCUACUCUCAUGACGAGUCAAUGCCACACUUCGCCCACCAGCAAGAUGUCUACGCUUCGUUCGGCGAAGACUUCCUGGAUCACAACUUUGAUGGAUACCACACUUGUAUAUUUGCAUACGGCCAGACUGGUUCUGGAAAGUCGUACACCAUGAUGGGCACCAAGGACCAGCCCGGUCUGAUCCCCCGGACAUGCGAGAAUCUAUUCCAACGCAUCGAACAAGAGCAGAAUGGCAACAUCACCUACAACGUUCAUGUCUCAUACUUUGAAAUCUACAAUGAGCACGUUCGCGACCUUCUGACUCCUCGCACCAACCCACCCACACACCUGAAGAUCCGCGAAAGCAAGUCGGACGGUGUCUAUGUCCAGAACUUGACUGACAGCCCCGUCAAGUCUUUUGGCGACAUCCAGAGACUCAUGCACAUGGGUGACUUGAACCGGACGGUAGCCGCAACCAAAAUGAACGACACAUCAUCGCGCUCCCACGCCGUCUUCACUCUCACCCUCAAACAGAUUCAGCACGACAUUGCCACUGAUAGUACCAUUGAACGCACAGCUCGCAUGCGUCUGGUUGAUCUGGCUGGAUCUGAGCGAGCAAACAGAACUGAAGCCACUGGCCAACGUCUGCGUGAGGGAGGAAACAUCAACCAGUCUCUCACCACUCUUGGUCGCGUUAUCGCCGCCCUUGCAGAUCCCAAACGUUCACGACCCAGUGCCCGCUCAAAUCAGACCAAGCGUCGUGCUGAUGUGGUACCUUACCGUGACUCGGUGCUUACCUGGCUGUUGAAAGACAGUCUGGGUGGUAACUCCAAGACAGCAAUGGUGGCCUGUAUCUCACCAACAGACUAUGAGGAAACCCUCUCCACACUCCGCUACGCCGACCAGGCCAAGCGCAUUCGCACUCGUGCCACUGUUAACCAAGACGCAGUGUCCGCUGCAGAACGCGAUGCCCAAAUCAAAGAAAUGGCAGAGACGAUUCGCCUUCUCCAGCUGUCCGUCAAUGCAUCGACUACUCGCAAGCGCGAUGAAGUGGAUCGCGCAGGCCAAGAACUGGAGGACUACCAACGCCAGGUCACAAAGAUGCAGCGCGCAAUGGAAGAAUCUCGUGCUGUCGCCGAUGUGAAGAUUCGCGCCUUGAACGCCGAGUUGGAAGAACUUCGUCCCAUCAACGAACGCUUGCAAAACGAAGUGGCUUCUUUGCGCAGGCAUCUCGCUCUUGCCGUUGGCGAGUUGAAGAACCCUAUCGUUCUACCUCCUGCAGAGGAAGACAAGGGUUGUGAUGUCCAAGAGAUCGAGGUGUACAGUGACGAAGAUGAGGNNGAAGAGCAAGGGCAGAGCGAUGACGAAGGAUACUCAUCACAGCAUGCAGAUUGGCAGGCUGACAUUGACGAGCUCAUGAAAGACUUGACCAUGUUCAAGACGAAGGUUGCGGACGACCGUAGCAGAUUCACUAUCCCUGUUGCUUGA